GCCUCUUUUCAUAUGUCAAGCCAUUAUAUUUUUUAGUCCAGAGGCGAACCACUUAAAACAACAGUAACUAAUGGCACCACCACCUUCUUCUCUAGUAUUCAAGGUUUACCGGCGUGAACCUGAACUUUUAGUUCCUUCAAACCCUACGCCUCAUGAGUUCAAACUCUUAUCUGACAUCGACGACCAAGACAGUCUCCGAUUUCACAUGCCGUUGGUACAAUUUUACCGGUAUGAUCCUUCAAUGAAAGGGAAAGAUCCCGUUAAGGUAAUCAGAGAAGCAAUUGGUAAAACGCUAGUUUUUUACUAUCCAUUUGCUGGUAGGCUUAGAGAAGGGCCUGAGCGUAAGCUUAUGGUGGAAUGCACCGGUGAAGGUGUGUUGUUUAUUGAAGCUGAUGCUGAUGUUAGUCUUGAGGAUUUUGGGGAUCCUCUUCAACCUCCGUUUCCUUGCUUGGAAGAGCUUCUUUUUGAUGUCCCUGGCUCUAGUUCUAUUCUGAACUCACCCCUGUUGCUUAUUCAGGUGACACGACUCAAUUGCGGUGGUUUCAUUUUCGCUCUUCGUUUGAAUCAUACCAUGAGCGAUGGUUUUGGUCUAAUUCAAUUUAUGUCAGCCAUGGGAGAAAUAGCACGUGGGGCACCAUCUCCUUCAAUUCUGCCUGUUUGGGAAAGACAUGUUCUUAAUGCAAGGACUCCAUCGCGUGUCACGUGCAUGCAUCGGGAGUACGAUCAAGUCGCUGACACUAAAGGAACAAGAAUUCCGCUUGAUGAUAUGAUACAUCAAUCCUUCUUCUUCGGACCAUCUGAAAUAUCCGCUCUUCGAGGAUUAGUCCCACCCCAUCUUUCUAAUUGCUCUUCUUUUGAAUUGUUAACAGCAUGUCUCUGGAAGUGCCGUACAAUUGCAUUACAACCAGACCCUACUGAAGAAAUGCGCAUGAUUUGUGUUGUCAAUGGACGUAGUAGAUUUAAUCCUCCAUUACCAACUGGGUAUUACGGUAACGUAAUUGCUUAUCCGGCCGCCGUGGCAACCGCCGGAGAACUCUCCCAAAAACCACUCAGUUUUGCAUUAGAGUUGAUACGCGAGGCUAAGCGUAGCGUGACUGAAGAGUAUAUAAGGUCAGUGGCAGAUUUAAUGGUGAUUAAGGAUAGGCCACAUUUUACGGUGGUGAGGAGUUGCCUAGUGUCGGAUGUGACAGGUCCAGGGUUUGGAGAGGUUGAUUUGGGGUGGGGGAAGGCUGUAUAUGCUGGGCCUACCAAAGGUGGGGUAGGAGUUGUUAGCUUUUAUCUACCAUUUAAAAAUGAAAAAGGAGAAAAUGGGAUUAUUCUGCCAAUUGUGCUGCCUGCUCAAGCAAUGGAGAGAUUUAUAAUGGAGCUUAAGGGUAUUUUAGAGAACCUAUCCAUUGGUGGCGGUACCACUAAAUCUGCCUUGUAGAUGUGAAAGGAAGGCGAAGGUGUUGCUAUUUAAAACUAAAAAUUCUAAAAUUAUGUUGGA